AGAAAUUUGUUGUUGAUCUUUCCAGAUCUGGAUAAGGUAAUGUGAUUGAAUAGGAUGAAAGGAUGAAUGAAUGAGUAGCAUGGCUCGUUGCAGCCCAGACCUCCUUCAGUUUCCACCUCUGCCCAGCGGUUUGCAGGAUGAACGCCUACACUGGAGCUAUGGGAUGCGACGUUCCAUGCAGGAAAUCAUCCCCGGUCUCUUUCUGGGCCCUUACCUCUCUGCCAGUCGACAAAGUGGGCAGUCACUCCUUGAUGCAGGGGUUACACAUAUUAUUUGUGUUCGACAACCAAGGGAAGCCCACAUCAUCAAACCACAGUUUCCUCAGUCAUUCAAGUACUUGGUGCUUGAUAUAGUGGAUCAUUACACUGAGAAUAUCAUUCAGCAUUUCCCUAAGGCACGAGAAUUUAUCAACAGUUGCUUCACAUGCAACGGAAAGGCUCUGGUUCAUGGUUGCAAUGGAGUUUCCCGUAGUGCUGCAAUUGUCAUUGGCUAUAUCAUGGAGCAGUAUGGGCUGGACUUCCAGUCUGCAUUCAACAUUGUCCAGCAGAAGAGAUACUGCAUCAACCCAAAUGAAGCUUUUGUACAGCAGCUUAAGGAAUAUGAACCCAUAUACAAGGCACGCCUUGCUCAGAUGAAUGGCCAGAGCUCCCAAUCACAGAAUCGCAAACUGAAGCGCCGGUUUGAGGAGGAUGAAUUGUUGGAAUUACCAUGUAAUGACACACAUGGAGUGAGAGUGAUUGUGAGUCUGUUGUCUGAGUCUGAAUUGAUCAUAAUGGGGAAGGCAAAAAAUGAGAAGCUGGAUACUCCUCCUCGAGACAAACUUCUCCGGAACAAGCUCAUCACACAGCUCAAGGAAGACUGCAUGCUCCUUGAAGAUGGGCAGCUUGGGAGACCUUUUGCAUGGGAUGCUUUUGAAGGGAUCUAUGACUUGGUUGAGAGGAUUCGCAGUCUUGAACCAAUUCCUCCAAAUCCACCAACUGAUUGCAAUACUGUCCUUGGGCAUUAUCAUAAAAGGUUAGCCAUUGCCACCCUGAUGCUCCUCAAUGCCUUGCUCUUGGAUCUUCACCAUAUCAUGCCAGACAAGAAACAGUCACCAUGGUCCAAGUCCUCACGGGAAGAGAGUCUAGAAGCCUUCAAACAGUGGUGUGCUGCUGAAGAGAUAAUUGUAUCUGGGGUUGAAAUUGCCCCUUUUGAAAGCUAUGGAUUGGGCCUGAAGUGCACUGAGGACAGCCCAGUUGGAAAAUGUCUGGUCAGUGUGCCAGAAAAGUGUAUGAUGACCUUGAAAACUGCCUCCAAGGGUUCUUUAGGAUUACUGGCAUCAGAUGAUCCAAUCCUGAAGCAUAUGCCAAAUGUCUUGUUAGCUCUUCAUGUCUUGGAAGAACGGUGGAGCCCAAAUUCCUUUUGGCUGGCAUACCUCAAUGUUCUACCAAAUGAAUAUUCAAAUACACUCUACUUCACCAAGGAAGAAUAUCAACUGCUUAAAGGAUCUCAUGCCCUUGAGGAAGCCACAAAUCAGUAUCGCUGCAUUGCAAGGCAGUAUGCCUAUUUCUCUGGUCUUUUCAAGGUGAGCUUGUGA